AUGGCAUUUUGGUCCAGCACUUCAGUUUUCACCUCUAAAGUGCCUCGGAAGAUCUUAUUCAUGUUUACCCUCUCCCUCUCUAUCACCUACCUGUUUUAUAGCUUGAUGAGCUGUUACAACUCAUUGCAGUUCCCCUUGCAAGAAAACUACGUGUACCAAGGGAGGCUUGUGACCGAGGAGACAACUUUCCUGACGAUUAGAGAGAAACUUUAUUCCACCACGUCUCAGGGUUAUUUUGGCGAGGACUUGGGAGAAAGGACCGCUACUGAGCAAACGGUCGCCGGCUACGCAGUCUCCGUCGUUAACCGAGAAGAUAAUGUGGAAAGCGAACGAAAGACAACGGAGUGGUUUAGAACACAAACACCUCCGACUAAAACGAUGGCAGGAGGUCAGAUUGCAAUUUUGGAAAGGGAGCGUCGGGAAUUCAGCACCACAGACGACGAACUCAGUAGGGGGGUGAAUUGCACCUCGGAUUAUGGGGAGAAAAAGUUGCCGCAAGCCAUCAUUAUAGGGGUAAAAAAAGGAGGAACCAGAGCUCUUCUAGAAGCUUUAAGGGUCCACCCCGAUGUUAGGGCAGUUGGGAACGAGCCGCAUUUUUUUGACAGGAACUACGACAAAGGACUGGACUGGUACAGGGACCUGAUGCCCUCCACCUUGGAAGGCCAGAUCACCAUGGAGAAGACGCCCAGCUACUUUGUGACCAACAGCGCCCCCAAGCGCAUCCACUCCAUGGCCAGGGACAUCAAGCUCAUCAUCGUGGUCCGCAACCCGGUGACCAGGGCCAUCUCGGACUACACGCAGACCCUGUCCAAGAAGCCAGAGAUCCCCACCUUCGAGGUGCUGGCCUUCAAGAACCGGACGCUGGGCCUGAUCGACGCCUCGUGGAGCGCCCUGAGGAUCGGGAUCUACGCGCUGCACCUGGAGAGCUGGCUGCAGUACUUUCCGCUGGCGCAGAUGCACUUUGUGAGCGGCGAGAGGCUCAUCGUGGACCCCGCUGGGGAGAUGGCCAAAGUGCAGGACUUCCUGGGUCUCAAGCGGAUCGUCACGGACAAGCACUUCUAUUUUAACAAAACCAAGGGGUUCCCCUGCCUGAAAAAGCCGGAGGAUAGCAGCACCCCUCGGUGCCUGGGCAAGUCUAAGGGCAGAACUCAUCCCAGAAUAGACCCCGACGUGAUCUUUAGACUGCACAAGUUUUACAAGCCCUUUAACAUGAUGUUCUACCAAAUGACAGGGCAGAACUUUGGAUGGGAGCAGGAGGACAGGCAGUGACCCUUGAACUUCACAGAUGCCAU